CUGCCCAUCACGUCAGCCGCGGCGACGUAGGGGCCAGUCAGCCAAGGAAGUCUUGCCACGACUUUAAAAUAAGUAUGCAAAGUGUACAGUCUAAAUUUUGGAAAUGGCAGUUGAUAUAACGUUAUUAUUUAAAGCUAGCGUGAAAACAGUGAAAACUAGAAAUAAGGCGCUUGGAGUAGGUUUUGACACGAGUAAGGAUGAUAUUCUAAAAAGGAAUAGGCCGAAGAGCGAAUUUUCAAACAGAUCGAAAGAAGUGAUUGCUAAUAUUGGCAAACUAAGAGACUUUCUUCUGGAACACAGAAAAGAUUACCUUCAUGCUGGCAGCCAUGUAUCUGAGUUUUCUCGUAUGACAGACACUGACCGUGAUCAGAUUGAUCAGGAUGCACAAACGUUUAUGAGGACAUGUUCUGAUGCCAUUCAACAGCUGAGAACAGAAGCCUACCAUAAAGCUCUUCCACUUCAAGUAAAGGAACAUAGAGAAGCAGUACUGGAUUUAAUAGAUGAUUACUUAAAACGAGUUUGCAGGUUAUAUUCCGAGCAAAGAGCAAUAAGGGUCAAGCGAGUGGUAGAUAGGAAAAGGCUAUCAAGACUUGAACCAGAGAAGCAUACCAGAUCUCUUUCUUCAGCAUCUGAACACGUUCUGUCAAGCCCUAAAGAGACUCCUAAGGAAAAACUAAAAAUUGAAGAGAGUAAUGAUAAGAAUGUUACAGAUGUGAAGAAUAGGUUAGACCUAUGGGAGGACGGUAAAGUAGAAGAUGAACUGUCUCCUGAAGAAAUUCAAAUGUUUGAACAAGAAAAUCAAAGACUUAUCAGUGCAAUGAACAGCAUGGUUGAUGAAGUCAGGCAAAUUGAGGGCAAAGUAGUUGAAAUAUCAAGACUUCAGGAAAUAUUUGCAGAAAAAGUGCUACAGCAGGAGACAGAAAUCGACAAUAUCCAUCAACUAGUAGUGGGCACAACAGAGAAUAUCAAAGAAGGCAAUGAAGACAUAAGGGAGGCAAUCAAAAACAACGCUGGAUUUCGUGUGUGGAUCCUGUUUUUUCUUGUUAUGUGCUCAUUUUCCUUGCUUUUUCUAGACUGGUAUGAUAGCUGAGCUACAAAAAUAUAUGGUGACUGCAGACAUCUAGAAGAAAAAUAUAAUUUAUUUAUUCAUGUUUUAAGACCUAUGAGAAAAAACAAGAUGUCAUUUUAAUAUCAUCUGGUGUCUGUUUAAUCUGUUUCCAUUUAUUUUCAAAUGUGGCCCAUAAAUUACCAUUUUCAGUGUAUUGUACUAGGUCUGAAACACUAAGCAUCAUUUGGCAAAGAAGCAAUUGGAUCUCCUUUAGCUGGAUGUUUUUCCACUCCUGUGUUUGUCCUUGCUGCUGACCUACUGGAUUUCUGGCUCCUGCUGACAUCAGACUGCAAAACAGAAGUGAUUCCCUGCCCUUUAGUAGAGUUGCAGUAGUUUUAAUGGGAAGACAUGCUUGUGUGUCAUUCUGCAUUCCUCACCUGUAACAAAUUAUGGCAAUGUCAGAGUACCCAUAUCAAAGUUACUUUGUGAGCGAUGUCUGUCUCGAGAUGAUUGAAGACCAAGUUUUCACCAGAGAUUACUUAUUUUGUAUUUGUCAUGUUAUUGGUGACUUUAUAUGCCAUGUAAAUACACUCAUUGUCAAUGUCUGCAAAACCAACUUAAGUAAAUAUAAAAUAAUUCAAUAUUACAUCAUAUUCCUUUUUAACACUUUAAUUAAAUUACUACAUAUACAUUAAUAAAAAAAACUAUAUUAGCAUGUAUCAUUUUCAUGCUUUAUACAUUUGAUAUGUUUGUUCUUUUAAACAAUUGUCAUUCACUCCAGCAUUACAUAUAUUGCUGAAUUCCUGCCUUAAUUUAAACAUCACUCCUCCUCCUGCACAUUAUUCUUCAACUAUUGUUUCCACAAAUUACAUGUAUAUCUAUGUAAUUUGCUCCUUUCUAAAGAUCACACUUCCAUUUUUUUUUUAUCUCCCUUAAAAUAUUCAGUACUUCAGCUGGUAUAGAUUUUGAUUUCUAUUUUCUAGUAAUUGCUUUUUUUUUUCUUUUGGGCAGCCAGUAGCAGUAAACAUAGUAAGGCCCUACUAUGUCUAGGCAGUUCAGAUCAUUUGUCCCAUCCCAUCAUAGAAGAAUCAUUUCCUUACCUACAACCAUUUGCUCCUCCAAGAGUACUCUGUAAGGAAUUUUUAUUCAUAGGUUUCAUAGGUUCAUCCAUUUGUACUAGGCUAUCGAGCACCAGGGUAUUUAUAAACUGAAUACAACCAUGCACUGAAGAAGGCUGUAAGUUUUGCCGAAACCGGUAUGCUGCUUUGUGCGGUCUUGUCACAUUAAAUCCUUAAUUUUGUCUAGCUCCUUGGUGCUGGACUUUUUUGGUGAUUUUGUAUGCAGUUGGUUUGGUCCAUGCACCCUGUCUCACUUGCGUGGGGUGAGUGAGCUAGAAGCAAUCUUUAUAAACUGAACCAUGCAGCCCAACUCAUGUCAGCCAGUACAUUGGAUACCUGUAUGAUGGGAUAUGUUAGUAAGGAUGUAGCUAAGGGUUAUGUGAGGGGUAUGCAAGUUUGGGAUUAGUUAACUUACUGUUGGCCUCUGCCCAUCAGAAACAUGGGGGUCAGACUGGGGGGUUAAUUUCCGAUUUCCCAUCCAGUAAUCAAGGUUUUGCUUGUAAGGAGUCAGGAAUGAACUCUGCUUCACAUAGAUGGGGAGCCUAUUCCACAGUGCGGGGAUCCUUUGAGGCACAUAUCGGUCUCUCCAGCAUGUUUUAUUUAUGUUGCAGGCAAAGUUCAUAUCCUUGCAUCUAGUGUUCCUGGUGCUGUUUGUUUUGUAUAUGUGCAAGAGGUCCUUCAGAUCUGGGUCUGAAGAUGCCUUGUACACCAGGCAAAGAUCACCUCUCAGUAACCUGGAGGGGACUUAGUAAAGAGAGGGCCUUAAUGCAAUUUUUAUAGGACAGGGUAUUUAUACUCUGGAUUUUCCUGAUCAGAAACCUUUGAGGGCAUUCCAGCUGUUGCAGGUGCCUAGUUAGGUGCAUGCCAUAGGGAGUUUUGUAUUUGAUAAUGGGUCCGAUAAGGGCUGAAGAGAGUGGUACUAUAACUGCCUUGGACAUGGAUGUAAUACCAAGUAGCGCAGUGAUGCAGCGGUUAGUGUUGUCAUCUCAGAGCAAGAGGUUCUCCAGUUCGAUUCUUGGCUGGGGUGUCUUCUGUGCAGAGUGUGCAUGUCCUCUCUACAUUUAUGUGGGUUCCCUCCGUGUGCUCCAGUUUCCUCCCACAUUCCAAAGAUAAGCGUCUGGAGCAUUUCUACCCAGGCCUCCAUUGAAAAUGGGCUCUGCCCCAGUCAGACUUUCCCAGUAAACAAAUGUAAAAUAAGUAAAGAAAUAAAUACCCUUGGUUAUGAGUUGGGUGACGUAGAAUGAUUUUCUUACCAUCUUUGCUACCUGUUGAUUGAAGGCCAAAUUGCUAUCUACAUAUGUUCCCAAAUCCCUAAUUACAGGGUAGACUCUCAGGGGUGUUUUGUCAGAAUAAUCUUGGGUCAACAACUUUCCAAAGGACACUGUAACGCAUUUCUUUGAGUUGAGUUUUAAUCUGUGGCCCUGGUACCAAUCAUUUGUUUGUGUCAAACCAUCUUGUAGGAUAUUGAUGUUGUGGGAGGAAUCUAUGAUAGCUCCCAAUUUAAAAUUGCAAACUUGGUGAACCACAGGCCUUCGACAUUAGCCUGGACUUCUGAGAAGAAUCCAAACCAGAGCAGGCCCAACACAGAACUCUGGGGUUCUCCGCGGUGACCAGUCUCCUGGUAGAAGUGGUCUCAUCAAUCCUGACUUCUUGGGUCGUAUCUGUGAGCCAACCAGCAAUCCAGCGAGUUAUGUAGGUAUUUAUGCCUGGUUCUGAGACUUUGUCAAUACCUGAAUGGAGUAUUGUAUUGAACUCCUUGAACCAAGUCAGUAUAAUCUGUCUACUCGUUACGCUCCAGAAAACAGGUUUCCAGUUACCUCUCUUUCCUGUCACACCUCCAGCAUUUGCCAUUUACCUGAGGAAACAUUCUCUGAAUACCUGUGGAGGCACUUACUGGCAAAAAGUACUCUAUAUUCUGGACUUUUUGCAUACUUGAGAGCCAUACUGUUUGUCCUCCAAUUAUUCCUUUAAUUGCCUUUCCAGUCUCUCUUCCCAGUCUUUUCUAAUGUCCUCUGAUUAAUUUGUAUAGUUAUCAUUCAGUGUUUUAUAUGCUGUACUAAUUAUCCAUUUUUUAACUACAGGUUCUGUUUUAAAUUUGACCAAAAUUCCCCUAUCCAUUUCUCUUUGAUUGUACUCUUAUCAGUCUCUUGUAUAUUGCAUCAUAUUUUGUUUCUGUACUGACUUUGUUUUUAGUACACAGUUUUCCUAACUCCUCUUCUGAGCUCUGCAAAUGGUAAUUCAUGCAGUAAUAAUCAGAUCAGUAUAUUAUGCAAAGGUGUUUCAUUAAGACUUAAACUGAUGCAUGCCAUUUUUAAAAUCUCUUUUGUCAUUUGUGUAAACAGACUUUGGUAACUAGCACUUUGAAUUUUUUUAGUUAGCAAUUGGAAAAAAUAUAUUUCUGCUAACUCAGGUGUUAUUUAAUAAAUGUUGUAUGAUACCGUU